GGUGAAACAAGUCAAAGUGUUGUUUAUUGCUCCUCGAGCCUAGUGCGGGGAGGUUAUGCACGUUAUAUCAACAUUGCUAUUUUUCCUACUGAAGCUAGUGAAUCCAAAUAUUUGGUACCUACCUAGUGUCAUCUUCUGCUCUGCAGACCUGCUGUUCAUCAACCUGGGACCCUGAAUGCUGAAGGACCAAGGAGCGAACCUGCUGUGAAUGAAGCUGUGCUGCUGAAUGCUGAAGCUGACGCUCUCCUACCGAGAGCCUCUGACGAUGGAGGAGGCUCCCGCCCGGAUCAGGCAGCUGGCAGACAAGGCCAACUAUGAUAUUGACCACUCGCGGCCAGCCAAAAUGUAUUAUCGCUCCGGUGUGGAGAUGGUUCGCAUGGCGAACGUGUACGCCGAGGAGGGCAACCUGGAGGGCGCCUACGUGCUGUACCUCAAAUUCAUGACUAUCUUCCUGGAGAAAAUUCGUGAACACCCAGAGUUUCGCACUGUCACGCCUGGCGAGCGAGCGGCCAUCAAGCGUCACCUGGAGUUAACGCUCCCCCGCGCAGAGGCUAUCAAGCGUCAGCUGAUCGCCAAAUAUGAGCAGGAGCACCGGCAGUGGGUGACGGAGCAGAAGCGGCGAGAGCAGCAGCUGGCAGAGCAGCGAGAGCGGGCGGCGAGAGAGCACGAGCGACUCGAACAGGAGGAGCAGGAGCGACGCAGAUUCGCUGAGGAAAAGCAGCGCCUGCUGGAACUGGAGAGGCGGCGCGCGGAGCAGCUCGAACGGACUCUGGUCUCCGAGCCCACCGCCGACGGACUGCCUGCAUACGCGGCGCUACUCCCGGAGCCCCCGUCUGCCCCUCCGAGUUACAGCGCCCUCCAGCAACCGUCAGCACCGUCAGCUCCUGCAGCUCCGUCAGCACCGCCGCCUAGCUACGGGGAGCUAUCCCCGACGCGACUGUCGAGGCCAUCCUCGGGGGCGCCGGCAAUAGACCGCUCUGUGAAGCCCAGUUUCGACCACCAGAAGUCGCUGCUCUCGCUGAGAUCAGAGCUGAGAACGGUGGUGGUACCCGACUCGCUGAUGCCCAGGUUCUUGAAGAUCGCAGAGGCCAACACGAAUCGUAAUGUGGAAACGUGUGGACUUCUCUGCGGAAAACCGUCUCAGGAUAAUCUGUACAUCACGCACGUGCUGAUACCGGCCCAGACGGGCACCUCCGACUCCUGUAAUAUGGAGGGCGAAGAAAAGGUGUUCGCCUAUCUGGACACCCACAACCUCAUCACACUGGGAUGGAUACACACUCACCCGUCUCAGACGGCCUUCCUGUCGUCGGUGGAUCUCCACACCCACUGCGGAUACCAGCUCAUGAUGCUUGAGAGCAUAGCCAUCGUCUGCGCCCCCAAAUAUAACGAGACGGGAUUUUUCAUGCUGACUCCUAGUUAUGGCCUGGACUAUAUCGCCAACUGUCACAAGUCGGGGUUUCACCCCCAUCCGCAGGACCCGCCACUGUUCGAGGAGGCACAACACGUAACUCUGGACGGAAGUUACGAAAUCAGUGUGGUGGAUUUGCGGCAGUAGCGACCGGCUGCCCCUUACGCGGCCAGCUGUGGAACUACUGGGCUUGCGACCGCAGCGCCGCGUGCGGCAAACGUUAGAACUACUGAAGGAGCGGCUCUGACACCACAGUAAAGGCCGCCGUCCUAAAGGCCGCCGUCCACUGGUGCUUCGCAAUAUGGCCGGACGGAGGUGCCCGUAGCAAUAUGGUUCGUGUAGUGAACACUGGUCAGGCUGACUGCGGUGGAUUGGGCGUGUCCCAAUAAUUAUGCUGUGACAUUGGACAAUGAACAUCCUAGAUUUGAGAUGUGAGUAAGCAAUGUCUAAGCUCGGUGGCUGUAAUACAGCGUCAACGCUAGCUGUGAUCAAUUCAAGAUCACCAAUGGCCGACUAAAGAUGCUUUAUUUUUGGCAUCGGUGACCACCACGCCUUACCAGCAAAGUAUUUCAGCAGUGGUAGAAUGUAGGCUAUUACCAUGGCAGAAUCACACCAUUAGAAGGCUUUGGGUCCAGAUCUGCCCCAGGCUUCAGCCUUUUAUUAUUGGGGAGGAGCUGAAAGUUUCAUAAAGCUCUUGCAUUCUUUCUUGCCUAUCCAGCGCUGUACUGAUGCCAGCCUGGGUGCGGCUUUGGAGUUGCCAUUGGACAUAAACCCGUGAUACGUAACUCCCAGAAUGUGAACAGUAUGAAAUUGUGAGAUUGGACUGAACCGACGAUCGAUGAUAAAGCGACUCUUGGUUAGAGCUUAAUAUGGCGACAUUCAACGGUGACAAGUAUUUGGUGAGAGUGGUGACCUAUUGCUCGAUGAUGAGAGUCAUUUUAAGUUUCUAGAGUCGAUGACUAUUGACUAUUGAAUCACCACACCCUGCAGCGCCGGGGAAGCAGUGAUUUGGAUACAUCACUGAGUUAGAAUGGGGUUAGGAGAAAGGGUAGGUUGAGUAAUGAGUAUGCCUUCUGUAUAGUAGAGAGGGGUCUUUCUGACUUGUCAUGGUCUGCCACAGACCACACGCCGACUGAUGUGAUGUCGUUAUGACGUCAGUGAUAACUAUCAGUAGUGUUUGGGUGGGUGGAUGUGUAAAUAGUGUGUACCAAGGCACUAAAGGUGUGUACUAAAUCAGUUCUAGUGCUUAAGUGUGGGUUAUGCAUGAUUCAAGUAUGUGAGCUGUGCCUCUGUUUACUAUGGUGAAAUUGUUGAACUAUGUAACUGCGUCCACUGUCCUUUUUACGUGGUCAACUGGACGCUUUGGACGGUAAAUAUUCUGGGCUGUCCUGAUUGCAAGGUUGCAUUAUAAUAUUAUGCAGUAUAUAAUACUGUAUUCAGUGUGUCAGAAUAUAUUUAGUGUGCUCUGUUUUCAGCUUGUAAGUUGUACGUCUGGGCAACGUGUCACGAUAUAUAAAGCCGUAUCUGUAUGUU